AUGGCAAGCGAGCUCCCCCCGCACGGCGGACGCCGAGAGCGAGCUCCCCCCGCACGGUGCACACCGAGAGCGAGCGCCCCCCGCACGGCGGACGCCGAGAGCGAGCGCCCCCCCGCACGGCGGACGCCGAGAGCGAGCUCCCCCCGCACGGCGGACGCCGAGAGCGAGCUCCCCCCGCACGGUGCACACCGAGAGCGAGCUCCCCCCCGCACGGCGGACGCCGAGAGCGAGCUCCCCCCGCACGGUGCACACCGAGAGCGAGCUCCCCCCGCACGGCGGACGCCGAGAGCGAGCUCCCCCCGCACGGUGCACGCCGAGAGCGAGCUCCCCCCGCACGGUGCACACCGAGAGCGAGCUCCCCCCCGCACGGUGCACACCGAGAGCGAGCUCCCCCCGCACGGCGGACGCCGAGAGCGAGCUCCCCCCCGCACGGCGGACGCCGAGAGCGAGCUCCCUCCGCACGGCGGACGCCGAGAGCGAGCUCCCCCCGCACGGUGGACGCCGAGAGCGAGCGCCCCCCGCACGGCGGACGCCGAGAGCGAGCUCCCCCUGACGGUGGACGCCGAGAGCGAGCUCCCCCCGCAUGGUGGACGCCGAGAGCGAGCUCCCCCCCGCACGGCGGACGCCGAGAGCGAGCUCCCCCCGCAUGGUGGACGCCGAGAGCGAGCUCCCCCUGAACGGCGGACGCCGAGAGCGAGCUCCCCCUGA